CAUUAGAAGGAAAAUUUAUUCACCUCAACAAAUUACAACUCUAGUUUUGCACGGUUAAAAAAAACCUCGAUCACUCUUUUAAUUAUUUCUAAUAUCUGCUCAAACUGUUCGGUCCUUUUUCGUCGCAAUAUACUCAAGAGAUAGGGAUUGAUUUUUCCAAGAGUAAAUUGAAGCUGCUUUCGAAACCUGUUAAUAUCCGAUGCACCGGUUACGAUACUGCUAAGAAAAGUUAUGAUCCUUGGUGAUAUAGAACCUGAUUAAAUUUCGAAGUUAUGGGUUCCGUGACACUUUGUCAAAGAGCUCAUUAUCUUCUUGGAUGAAAUCACUAAUUUUGCUUUUAUCCUGAAAGCGAGCUCCACCGAUUUUGUUUAUUUAGCUAAAUGCGAAUGAAUAUUGCAUAAUGUCCGGUGUUCAUUUGAGAGAGUUGGUAGGGUUGUAACACCUGUAACUUGCCUUAAGACAUAAAUUAGUGAGUGGUGGGCGUCAUUCGCUGUCAAUUUAAACAGUGUCUCUGCGUCUUAUUCCGAGCAGGUAUUAAAGUUAAGAUAAAAAGAUAAGUUUACUGAGCUAAAUGGUUUUCAUUUUGGAUUCCCACUGUUAUCUGAAGACUGUUCCUGCCACGUAUUGACAACUUGGGUUGAAUUCAAAUGAUCCGACGCCUCAAAUAGGCGCCCCAUUGUAGGAAAGUCCAAAGAUUAAGUCAAGAUGUGGGAGGCAUUAACUUUGAAAAGUACUCCUUGAAAAACAAACAAACACUAGUGAGGUGUCUGUUACCACUGGGGCACCAAAGGCUCUUGGGAUGCUUAAUUAUGAGCUUAUAUAAACAAAAACUAUUUUUGAUGAAAAUCUAUUUUCAAAACCAAAAUCACCCGAUGCAGCUCUCUUGACCACAAACACUGAAGGAAGUUUUACAUCAGGAAAAUCACGCUUGUAACGUCUUGGAACAAAAAAAAGGUCAGCUUCUCGAAGCAAAAAUAUCGGAUUUCCUCUAUCAAUCAUCAUUUUACACAGUGAUGACUUUUCCGUCGUGAAGGUACAUCGAUAGCGGUUCCGUUUUGUACACGCGUAAAAAAAACUAAGAUAUUUUCAAAAUCGAAAAUUUCUGAAGGGCGAACAUUGCGAACAUGGUCGGCUUUCCGCGAUGAGGAUGUGCUCUUGAUUAGAAGCUGAAACUGUUCACAAGAUGGAUAAUUCAACUCCAACAAAUGCUUCUCUUUCGAACGACGAUGACACCGGGUUUAAAAUACCCCUUGGUUACCACAUCGUGGCCUAUUUGGCGAUUGUACUGGGAUUCUCUGCCAAUCCCUUUAUAUGUUUCUCCUUCGCUUAUUUCAGACGAGUACGAUCCGUGAAUAACUAUUUUGUUGUCAACCUGGCUGUUAUUGACAUAUUAUUUAUAAUUCUCCUCUGUAUCCAGUUAGCAGCGCCGGCCCUGCAAAAGAGAAUGUCAACUGAUAAUUUUUAUUACUUGAAGGAGACUUUACUCAUUAUAGAACAAUUCUGCUACUCAGGAUGCAUGGCAGCGGUGACCAUCAUAAGCUAUGAUCGGUACUAUUCCGUCACCAAGCCUCUCCAUUACUACACCAAUAUUACCCACACUAAAGCAAUAAUUUUUAUUGCUUGUAAUUGGAGUUAUGCGACGGUGAUGGCAUUACUGCAAUUGCUCUUUUAUCUUCCCAAUGAGAAUUAUUUCAAAUACGGUUACCUCUCGUUAAUGGGACUUACCAAUGCAGUGAUUCCUUUGUAUGUCAUACUAUAUUGCUAUAUGAACAUCUUUAUUAUCGCUUCGCGACACCUACGACACAACCCGCACCGUGGACAAGAUCAGAAUGGCGAAGCUAGUGUGUUCACAAAGAACCUGAAAAUAGCAUUUCAUAUCCUUGUUCUCGUUGCUCCUGUCCUUCUUUUCUGGAGCACUUUCUCCGCUGUAACGAUUAUAGAGGUUCACUGCCCAGAUUGCAUACCCAAUCAUGGUUUUCUGAGUACAAUAAUGAGUAUGACUCCAAAUGUGAUAGCCUCAGUCGAUCCUAUUAUAUACAUUUUCCUCACCAAAGAUUUCCGUGAGAUCAUUUGUGGCUGGUUCAAACUCCACAGGAGUCAUCCUUUCUCCGUCAGUGAAACUUUUCACCUUUCAACGACAAAAUCAACAAACCCUCAGGUUUUGCCGGCGGCAAAGAGACUCGUCAGCGAAAGCGGGGAUUCUUUGGAGGGUUCUUAUCGUCUAUAUUAAACAUUUUUGCUUUCGUUGUGGUUUUGGCAAGGUCUGAUAACAAGAAUAGGAAGACUUCCACCAGCGUGACGUGAAACAAAAAAUUUAGUCAAAUAAGGAAGCGCGAAUUUGAAUAUUAGAACGAAAUAUCAAGGAUCUGUGACCUCGGGAAACACAAAAGAAUAACAAGGGAUUAUUUAAAAAUUUACGAAGCAAACAAAAGAAUUCGACGGAUUUUACCUCUACAUCUGCAUUACAAAAAAACAAAAAAUAGAAACUACAGCGAAGCAGAUAAGGACAAUCUUCUGAUAAUUCCAGUUUGCUGAAUCUUUGUAUUCAUGGGAUGAUGUAAUAUCUGAUAAAAAUAUUUAUAUAUAGGAAAGAAAUUUAAAACGACCAUAAAAAAACGGUCUGGUUUUGAAGAUACUGCGAGCAAUUGCUGCUAAUAACUUUGUCUAUGUCAGAUUUGUAUUAGCGAACUGACGACAGUCAGAGUGUUCUUUUUAAACCGCCUAGAAGUUUAAGCUUAAUGAUCGUUUCCAAAGGAAAAUUUAUUAGACUGCUUGCAAUUUCCAAAGCACUUACAGGGGAAAAUCAAUUUAAACAGACUACCGGCAGCUUUGAUGAACGCUUUCUGUCUUGAAUGACGAUAAGUCCAAAUGUUUUCGGAUCUGUUUGAUAUACCAGCUAUUAUUACUUAUGAAAAAUUGAUCCAAGUGUUACGUGUAAAAUGUCUUAGACAAACACAUAUCAAGGUCAUAUUUCAAGGUAUAAAAUGCAAAUCUCUACCAGAAAGACACUGUUAUUUUUAACUCUUUCAUUUUCAAUGGCUCCAUAGAAGUAAAAUUGUUUUGGUAUUGUCUGUACAUAUAUUGAUAUCCGAGGAGCACAAUGAUGUUAAAAUCUUAAUUACCAAAAACUGAAAUAGUGGCCUUCAUUGGACUGAUACUGAUGGCAGGUGUACCUCGUGUGACACUUCUCCUUUUCAUGAAUUUGCAAUUAAUUUUUACUUGUCAUUUUCACACGCCAGUAGCCGGAGAAGCUUGGAAAAAGCUUAACCCAUAGACUAAGCUGAUUUUCGUAUUUUCAACCGAAAGUAUACAAGUGCUCUCGUUUGGGUAAAUCCUUGUAAAUGGAACAAAAAUUGGGAAACUUUUAAGGGGGAAAAGCUAAGUUACGGCAGGCCAAUAAAAGAGGAUUUGAAGCAAAUCGCAUAAACCUAUGACAAAUAAUAAUUUAAUGAUUUAUAUCGUCGGUUUGUUCAACGAAGUCGUGCGGCGCAACAUUCCUUCUAUAAACGACCCACUGAAGAAGAUAAAUGAUAGGUAAUAUCAAUCAGUUGCAUGCAGGUUUUGGGCGCAUCAAUAAUUUACUUGGUUUAUUUCAAACAGCGAGAAAACAGUUUAAAGCUAACUUGGAUCAAUACCGUAAACUCGCCUCAUUGCAACGUGGACGAUUUUCAAUCAUAAUUUAAGGUGAAUCAUAACUCAUAGCAUAAAUAAUUAAAUUGACUUAAAAGGUUUUAAGAUCAGAUCAAUUUUUAAAGCUGCAUAAUGUGUAGGAUGAUGAAACAGUAUAUUGAUAGAUGUUUACUAAGGUAAGUCCUUUCUAUUACGGAUAAUGAAAUGUCUGAAAGAAAUAAAGCCUAAAUGACAGACUAAAGAAAACGAAAAGACAAACUGUCUCCAUUCAUUUGUACGCUAGUCAAUUCCUUCGUAAAGAAACCAGUUUAUUAUCCAAAUACUCAUUAAUAAAGUGAAACUUCAAACUGGCGAAA